AGACAGUCGCAAUCCUUUACCCUCAGAAACUGAUCCGUCCUCUUCGUCUCGGGCGAGAUGAAAAACGCAAAACGUGUAAACUGGUCGGAGCUUCCAUCGGAGCUGAUAUAUACGAUUCUUCUCCGUCUCAGCGUGCCUGAUAGACUACGAAACGCUCGGAGCGUGUGCAGAUCGUGGCGACGCGUCUGUCAAGACCCCUUGAUGUGGCGAAAAAUCGAGAUGCCUGAUAUGGGAGACUACCAAGAAGCCAUGGAUUAUUACGAUGCGGCGGAGGCCAUGUGCCGUCGCGCCGUUGAUCUAAGCCAGGGCGGAUUGGUAGAGAUCAACAUUGAGUACUUCGGCUCCGAUUCUCUCCUCGCCUACAUCGCCGACAGGUCAAGUAACCUGAAACGCCUUGUGCUUACUGAGUGCGAUCACGUGACGGGUAUGGGAAUUUUGGAAGCAGUCUUGAAGCUCGCACUGCUCGAACACCUUGAGCUUUCGGACUUUUAUUUUAUGGAAUUGGAUUUGGAAUCUAUAGGCCUUUCUUGCCCGCUUCUCAAGACUCUGAAGCUAAACAAUGUGGGUUACUACUACAAGGAGGACGAGUGUGAUGAUGAUGCUUUGGCGAUUGCUGGAACGAUGCCCGGUCUUCACCACCUCCAGCUUGUUGGGAACAUGUUAACAAACGCCGGCUUAAACGCCAUCGUUGAGAAUUGUCAUCACCUCAAGUGCCUUGAUUUACGCAAUUGUGGCCACGUCAACCUUGUCCCCCAAUGAUUUCCAGAAGUUAUAUGAUUUGUCGUUCAACACAAACCAUACUCUUUUUUUUUUGUGAACUUUUGAUGCAUUAUAUUUGAACUUCCCGGAGUUUAUGCUUGUUAA